GUGUCAGACCGGAAGCUGUGUCUGAGACCGGAAGCUGAGCGUCACAGAGACAACAGAGCGACAAGAUGUCGGAGUUCAGUGCUCCGGGGCUCCUCUCGGCUCUGCUGCUCUUCUCGCUCCUCACUCUGCGGGAUGUGUAUCUCUCGAGGUCUGCUCCUGACCCCGGUCUCUCCUCACACUCUCAGCCGGACUCUGAGCCUCGGAUCCCCGCAGAGAUCCUCUCCGGGCCCAACCUCAGGUUCCAGUACUGUACCUCCUGAGGGUACAGUAAGGUGUUCCAGGAUUACUCCCGGUCCAUCAGCCAGCUCUACCCCGACAUCACCAUCCAGGGAGAGAACUACCCCCCCUCCCCCUUCAACAGCUGUGUAGGUACCCUGGUCUCAUACCUGAAGCUGGUCUCCCUGCUGCUGAUCCUCAGCGGUCAGAACCCGUUUCUGUUCCUCGGGCUCGACACCCCGAGGUUCUGGAUCUGGAGUCAGGAUAACAAGGUGUUCUCGUGUCUGAUGGCGUUCUUCCUCUGCAACAUGAUGGAGACUCACUUCCUGUCUACAGGAGCCUUCGAGGUCACGCUGAACGAUGUUCCUGUCUGGUCGAAGCUUGAGUCCGGUUACGUUCCAAACAUCCAGGAGAUUUUCCAGAUCCUCGACACACAUCUGAAGAAGAACCAGGAAGCAGUUAGGGUCCCCUCCCUUUAGAGAGCAGGUGUUCCAGGUGUUCAGGCGUUUAUGAUGGUCCGGCCUUAAAGCUCUCAGCAGGUCUGACCGGAUGUCCCGCCUCAGCACUACAUUACCCAGAAUGCACCUGUCAGGAGCUGUGACCCCCAUUUCAGUUUUAUUUAUUUAGCUGGAGGUUUUUCAGAAUGAAAGCACGGUACCAAUGUUAGCUUCAUGCUAACUCAGCCUGAGUCUGGACAGGAAACGGAAACAAAGAAAUAAAACUCUUUAAAAAGUUU